AUGUUCUCGCCGACAAUUGUGCAAUUCAAAUGGCCGAGCGGCAAUUCAAAUUUCUACACAGCCGAUCAUCUAGCUCGUUUCGGAAUGUUGAAUUUCGUGAAAUUGGCGACGAUUUGCGAGGUGGCGCAAUUCGCCAAUCAUCUCGCCAUGAAAUUUGUCACCAAUUGGCUUGACGAGGAGUUUUGCCGUCAGCCAUUCGAGAAUCUCACCGCGAAUGACGUCAUCGACAUGCUGGCGAUUGCGAUUUUUUUCAAUUUCGAAAAAUCGAUUCCGACACUCGCCAAUCACAUCGCCGAAAAUUUCGACCAUCGAUAUCGGGAUGCCGUUUUGGAUUACUGUAGGUGUCGGCGUACGGUAGAGAUGAUUUUGGAGUCACGCGAGCGGAUGCUCGAGACGCGACACAUCGUUGCGAGACCUCCUCCACAAGCGCUGAAGUUUGUUCAGACGCGCGCCAGGCUGAAGACGUUAAUUGCGACGUCGCAAAUCGCACUUGGCAAUCUUAAGACGAAAAUGCGAACGUUUGGCAGAAGUUUGCGACGCGUUCCAAAUAAUUAA